CAGUACUUGAUCCAAAUGGUAGAAAAAUUCCUGGUUUGAAAAGUUGUUCUGAAGCAAACCUAUCUGGAUCAAAAGCUUCAGGUUUUAUGUAAUUUUGCGAAUUUCUGUGCAAAGCUAGAAUUGACUUGAAAGUCAAGAAAUUUUGGUUUUGUAAAUUCCUAUUUGAGAUUUCUGUAGCCACUGGAGGAUAUUUCCUUAGGGUUUCUAAAAGAAAUAAAUUAAUGAGAAUUAUUUAUGUUUUCUUUUUGGGAUGUUUACCUUUUACAACUGCCUCUAAAUAAUUUAACUCGUCCAAAUUUUCACUUGUAAUCGUUGUGUUCUUUUUAGUGAAUCUUCUUAUUUCUCCAAUAACUUCUCCUCGAAUUUCUUCAUUGUUAGCCAAUUCGUAUAAACAAAACAACAAUGUCGAAGACGAAUAUGAUAAAAUAUUGGCAAAUAAAUUGAAUAUUUCCCUUGUUAUAUCUUCCAAUUUUGAUUCGUUAUACGAUUUAAUGAAUAAAUCGAUUAAAUCGUGCUCUCUCAGAUCGUUUUUCUUUCUUUGAUUGAUUAUAUCCAAUAAAACUUUUUGAUUAUAAACUUCAUUAUCAAUAUUUUUAAACACUGUUAAAUAUAAAUAAUAUUUAAAUGUGGACUUAUAUUUGUCUUUUAACAGCUUGUUAAUGUCUUCAACAAUUUUGUUAGGUUGAAACCCAAAAAGUAAACAAGUAGAUUCCAAUAAAAACUCCUUAAGCACAAAUAAGGCAUCUUGAUUUUUUUCUAAUUUGUCUUGUAAAGGUGCUUUUAUCGUACAAGCAAAAUUAUUUACAAAAUUAUUUAACACCUUCUUGUUUAAAUCUAUCAGAGAUUUUUCAGGUUGUUCUUUAAUUCUCAAAUCAUCUUCAACUAAAAUGACUACGGGUCUCAUAAACAGAAACAAUCCGCCAAAUUUACACCCUCGUUUCUUAAACCUCAAAAAGUUCUUCCAUAUAAACACGUGCAAGGAAGUUUCCUGUUUGAUGACGUCCCGGAAAUUACCGUAAGGAAACUUUGGUAGUUUUCCUCUAGGGAUUUUUUGCUUUUCAAAAAACGUAUAUUUGCUUAAAAUCCAUGUAAGAAAAAACACACUGGCAAACGCUAGGAUCGUUAUCGAAUAAAACAAAUAAUUUGCGUUGAUGUACUUGAGGAAUGUUAAUUGUUCUUUGUAACAAAUACCGUCCGAAUUCAUUGUUUAAUUUAAAUUUACUUUCACAUUCUCAACACGCCCCUAUACUCACUAAUGAAUGAUUAAUAGGUAGAGUCACAUGAUGGAUAUUAGUUUAAGAGAAUAAUAUGUAAUCUGCUGGUUGCAAUGAAUGGUUGUUUACCCAUGUUUGUUUACAAAGGCGCACGCAGGUACCAGCUACCUUGAGAUUUUACUUAAUUAUUUUUACAGGUUUCUGUAAACUAAGCUUAAAGUAUAGGAAUGAGGAUUUUUGGAAUAGUUUCGAUAUACUUGUAUGGAUAUCGAGAAGAAAUCCCUCUUAUAAAGGAGACUACUUACAGUAGAACUAAAAAAAAUUGUUGUUGAAUCAGUAUCAGUUGAUAUGAAUGUUCUCCUUUUUGGAAUAACCUUCGCAAGAAUUAUGAGAUAACUAUAUUUUUAACGCCUAUGAAACCUGCUCUUUGAGUUUUAGCAGACUCGAUAUGAAACAUUGAAAUUCUUUAGAGAAGACUGUCUGGGUGGAAAAAUGUCUAAAGUUACAGUUUUGGUCGUUUCAAACAAUGUCUGAAACAGAAAAGAGAGAUUUAUCAUCAGCAAAUCCUCCAAUUCUUGAUGUUUCCAAAACAAACCUCAUCACACUGAUUCAGAUCAAAUAGUAGUAUACACCAUGACCAAAUCAUUGUAAUUUUUAUGCCAGUGCAAGUUGUUAUUUGUUACAGAAAGAUUGAGCUAAUUUAGAAGACUUUUUAGAUAGGUAUCGUAACCUUUCACACACUGGCGGAAAAUCUCAUUUUUGCCCACUGAUUUUAGUAUUGAUUAUUUUGGUAACCAUUAAUUAUUAUACUGUAAGAAUAUUGGCUUAUCUUAAGGUCAUAGUCAUGAGAAACAACCUGCCACCAUCUCAUCUCAUCUGAAACCAUUACUUAUUUUAGGUAUAACAGAAAGAAAAGUAAACUAUAGGAGGGAAGAUAACUCAUUUAUUUAUAAAAAAAUUUGAUAGCCGCACUUAACCUUUGUUUUUUAAAUAUAUUGGUGAAAUAAAAAUAACAUUUCUAUAGACAGAUUUGAUCCGGAUGUCUUUCCAAGAUGUUAUAAUUAAUAUCCUAGAGGAAAACAGAGGGCUGGUAAUCCUCUUCUUCUGUCUACCAGCCAGUUUAAUUUUUGACUUAUUUUUAAACUUAAACAACAAACUUCAAAAACUCAUAUUUGGACGUGCUGAAUCACACGAUGAACGCGUAAGAAAUAUCCAAACAAAAGUCCAGCUUUACAACAAACUGCCCAAAGAAAACAGAAAACUAUUGUGCACUUCGAGACCAAAUUGGCUCAGCUUAUCGACGACGUUUUACCAAAAAUCCCAAUGUCACAAAGUCGACGUUAACCUUUUUAACAUUUUACAACUGAAUGAAGACAGUUUAACAGUUCGAGUAGAACCUAUGGUUACCGUAGGUGAAAUCACCAAUUACCUUAUACCGAAAGGCUACACUUUAGCUGUGACAUUGGAAAUAGCUGAUGCUACUUUGGGAGGUCUAGCUAUGGGUACUGGAAUGACUACCCAUUCACAUAAAGUCGGGUUGUAUCAAGAAAACAUUGAAAGUUACGAAGUGGUACUUGGAGAUGGUAGUUUUGUUAGAGCUUCUAGACAAGAAAAUGAAGACUUUUAUAAAUGUUUGCCUUGGUCGCAUGGUAGUUUAGGCUUUUUGGUAGCAUUAACAUUAAAAAUCGUGAAAGUGAAACCUUAUAUUAAAAUGACUUAUUUACCUGUAAAAGGCCAAAAAAACUAUUGUGAUAUUAUUCGAUUGUUAUCUGGUGAUAGUGGCUCAGACUAUUCUGUAGCUACUUAUGUUGAAGCAACAGUUUAUAAUAAAAACGAGGCGGUGAUCAUGACUGGCGAUUACAGUGACUAUGAUAAAAAUUUACCAAUAAAUCACUUAUCUGCUUGGUAUAAGCCAUGGUUUUACAAGUAUGUCGAACAAUUUUUGAGUAAAGGCAAACACACUGAGCUAAUACCUUUAAGAGAAUAUUUACUCCGACACAAUAGAGCUAUAUUUUGGGUCGUCGAAUCAAUGAUACCUUUUGGAAACCACUUUAUAUUCAGAUGGUUGUUUGGUUGGCUUUUACCACCAAAACCAGCUUUUUUAAAAUUCACCACCACACCAGGAAUAAGAGCUUUCACUUUUACGAAACAAGUCUUCCAGGAUAUCGUUUUGCCAAUACGGAAACUCGAAGAGCAAAUCGAUAAAUCCACUGAACUGUUUGAUACUUUUCCGUUGCUGAUUUACCCUUGCAAAAUUUACAACCACGGCAAAAGCUCAGGCCAAAUAAAAUCACCCAAACAAGAAUACUUAAUCGAUGGUACCAAUUAUGCCAUGUACAACGAUUUGGGGAUUUACGGGGUGCCGGGUUAUGUUAGGAGAAAACAACCAUACAAUGCUGUUAAAGCUAUGAGAAACAUGGAGGAAUUUACGAGACAAAUCGGCGGGUUUUCCUUUUUGUACGCUGACAUUUUUAUGAGUAGAACGGAGUUUGAGGAAAUGUUCGAUUUGAGUUUGUACGAAGUAGUGCGCAAGAAGUACAAGGCUGAAGGGAACUUUCCGCAUUUGUACGAUAAAGUGAAGCCUGAGAUUGAUGUUUUUGCAAUUGGAAGACAUUUUGAUAAUAAAUAAAAGACUGCUUUUUGUUGAAAUAUAUAUGUAUUUAAAAAUAAAUAAAGUUUAUUG